UUGGUGGAAAAAUUUUGGGGGUUUGCAGGGCAGGCAUUCUUCCUCUGGCUCGGCUAUGGCGGCACUCCUCCCAGAUCUGGCAAUGUGGACGCGAAUGGAGCUCCACAUCGCCAUUCUAGCCCUGGCGCUGCUCCUCUGGAUGCCGCAUCCAGCCGAGUCUUUCGAUCCCCUGGAUCCAAACGGCAACAUCACGAUCAAGUGGGAUGUAAUGAGCUGGUCCGCGGAUGGCUAUGUCGCACUGGUGACCAUGUACAACUACCAGCAAUACCGCCACAUCGAGACGCCCGGAUGGACACUGGGAUGGACUUGGGCCAAGAAGGAAGUGAUUUGGGGAAUGCAGGGAGCGCAAGCAACGAUGCAGGGCGACUGCUCCAAAUUCAAGGGAAACAUCCCUCACUGCUGCAAGCGCGAUCCCACCGUCGUGGACCUUCUUCCCGGGGUGCCUUACAGUAUGCAAGUCGCCAAUUGCUGUAGAGGAGGAGUUUUGGGAUCGCUGGCGCAGGACCCGACCAUGUCUGUGGCAUCCUUUCAAGUUAUCGUCGGCCAAGCUGGGACUUCCAACACCACCGUCCAGCUUCCAAAGAACUUUACGAUUCGGACACCCGGCCCGGGAUACACUUGCGGUCCGGCUAAGAAGGUGAAAGCCAGCUUGUUUCCAUCCGCGGAUGGUCGGAGACACACACAAGCUCUAAUGACUUGGAACAUAACUUGCUCGUACUCCCAGUACCUGGCACAGAGGGCUCCGACGUGCUGCGUUUCCUUCUCGUCCUUUUACAACGAGAAGAUUGUUCCUUGCCAAAACUGUGCGUGCAAUUGCAAGCCGAAUGUCACACAGUCAGCUCAGCCUAGAGUUCCAAUGUGCUUUGAUCCCGAUGACAGCUAUUUACCUCCCGUGGUCUCCACGGGCAUUGGCGCUACCUCCAGCUCUUCCAUCACCAAAAACCAGCCGCUACAUCCACAGCUCUUCUGCUCGUCCGAUAUGUGCCCGAUCAAGAUCCACUGGCACGUCAAAAUCAACUACAAGGACUACUGGCGAGCCAAAGUCACAAUCACAAACCGUCACGUCAAGAACUACACGCAGUGGAAUUUGGUUGUCCAGCAUCCCAAUUUCAACAACUUGACCGAGGCAUUCAGCUUUACGUACAGGCCACUGCAAGCCUAUGGAUCAAUCAAUGACACGGCAAUGUUUUGGGGGAUCAAAUUCUACAACGACAUGCUCAUGCAAGCCGGGGAAAUGGGAAACGUCCAGUCGGAGGUCCUCUUACAAAAGGGCGAUGCUUUCACUUUCAGCAAGGGAUGGGCUUUUCCUCACAGGGUGCUCUUCAACGGAGACGAGUGCGUCCUGCCGGAUCCAGACUUGUAUCCUUGGCUACCCAGUGCAAGCUCGCAGCUCAGAUCCGGCUUGGUUUUGAUAACUACACUGCUCGCCUUCUCCACCGCGAAGAUCCUUGCGCUCUUCUAGGCUUCGAAGGCAAAGCGGUCUCGACGAGCGCUUAGUGUGCGACAAUAAUCACGAUCAGGGAAAAAAUGUACAGCGAUCUCUCAAGACAAUGGCGACUUUUUUUUCGAAACAUAUGUAGCUGGAUGGUGGAGUUUUUGUCAACUUGGCCGUGUUGGUGGCACGCACAACAUCGAGUUCUUCUUUUUUCUUCUAUCUUUGCUAGUGAAACACCACCAAUACUCGCAUCAAACAAAAAUAUACUCUUUUGAGGAUGUCACUGAAACAUUGAGCUAAAGUUUCUAUUCGCAUUUGGAAUAUAUUUGCAUUGUGGCCA